CGGAAGCCAACACUUUCACCCGUCCGAUCGUCCCACAAUCCAGGAUUCCGAGCAGAACUCGAGUCCUUCAGCAUUUUGUGACUGCUUUAACCAUCCUGUUAAAACAGGAAGAUUGUCAUGAGAGCUCUCCGUUUUACAUUUAGUACAAGAUUGGCGGUUAUGGAAAACAAUGCAGACUGAAAGAAUUGCAGUUGUGACUCAGGCCCAGUUUGCACAACAAUACAGAGAGUAUUUGGAGAAGAAUGGCUUCCUGGACACAGCCUGUCGUCUCCAGAAGCAACCCGAUGGUUCAGUCGCAUUGCCUGUGCUUUGCAAUAAACUCAGCCCUCUUCACCAUCUUAACCUGAGUGAGACUGUAGCUCCAGGAAGUACAUGCACUUUUACCGUGAUGAAGAACCCAAUAGCAUCCAAAAAGUCAUUGGUAAAAUCUUGCCACCAACGACUGCAAGAAGAGCUCGAUGCAUUAUUGAAACAACAGGGGGUCCUUUGGAGUGAAGAACUGCUUCGUGACCUACCUCAAGUAUGGAAGAGGCAUGGAGAUAUGAUUGUUCUGAGUGAAAAUGCAUUCCAAACAGAACUCUGGAAAACUUUGGAGCCAGAGUUGUGGCAGGUGGUUGCUAAUGCGCUAGGAGUAAAACGCAUUGCAAAGACGGGCAGAAUAUCUGCUGAUGGCUUUCGUACUCCAAAGGUUACUUUAUUGCUGGGAGACGAUGCCUGGGUCCAUCACGUUGACAAUGGCAUCAGAUACACAUUUGACAUUACCAAAUGCAUGUUCUCUUCUGGGAAUAUCACAGAAAAGCUACGUGUCAGCUCUUUUGACUGCAGAGGAGAGGUGGUUGUGGAUCUGUAUGCAGGAAUUGGAUAUUUUACACUACCAUUUCUGGUGUAUGCGGGCGCAGCGUUUGUUCACGCCUGUGAGUGGAAUCCACAUGCAGUUUCUGCAUUACUGAAGAACCUGGAACUAAAUAAAGUGUCAGAGCGCUGUAAGGUCCACAGUGGUGAUAAUCGGCAGCUUCUUCUGCAGAACGUGGCAGAUCGAGUGAACUUGGGUCUAAUUCCAAGUUCGGAAGAGGGAUGGCCUGUAGCUUGCCAAUUAUUGAAAAAGGAUCGAGGAGGGAUUUUGCAUAUCCACAAUAAUGUCAGCCUGUAUCCUGAGAAGAGAGGUGCACUGUUUAAUGUGAAGAAUAAUAAUGCAUGUUGUAGCAAGGAACAACAGCAAACUUUGACAGAAACAGUACCAGGUGGGAGCUACUCUGAAACUACAGUUCCAGAUAUCACAUAUGAGUUUCAAAAAUGUACCACUGAAGAGAACACACUUGGCUCAAGGUGCAAGGAAAAUAAGUCAAAAAUUCAAUCAAACUGUGGGACGUAUUAUGAAGAAAAGCUUUUUACUCAUCCUGAAUGGCAAUCUUGGGCAGAAUUGGUGGCAUUGAGAAUUAAGAGAAUGCUGGAAACUCACCAUAAAAGGCCAUGGUCCACAAAUAUCUUGCAUAUUGAGUGUGUGAAAUCUUAUGCCCCACACAUUGACCAUGUUGUACUGGAUUUGGAAUGUAGGCCAUGUGAUGAUGGUUAAUGUGAUUCAAGUACUCUUGUUUUCACAUAUAACUGAUAAUUCAAGAAGCUGGAGAAUCUGAAAGCACCUUAAAUAAAAUCAGCUCCCAGGCUGAAAUUUGUUUCUGACAUAUUGCAGAUUCUCUUUAAAAAUAAAAUUGCAAAUAUUAUGUUA